ACAAGGAAUUUAAUGCCAGUGUUAAUAAAUAAUUAAUCGAAAUGGAAAGGAUUCUUCGUGGCAUCAUGAGAUAUCGUGUGUUGGACCGAUCAAGCAUGGUGAAACAGUUUCAACAAGUUAAAGACAAUCCAGUGCCUAAAGCAGUAUUCUACACAUGCAUGGACAGUCGAAUGAUUCCUACUAGAUUUACGGAAACCAGUGUAGGAGACAUGUUUGUUGUAAGAAAUGCUGGAAAUCUUAUCCCUCACUCUCAACACUUCGUAGACGAGAUGACAAGCUGUGAACCAGCUGCGCUGGAACUUGGAUGCAUAAUUAACGAUAUAAGGCACAUUAUUGUGUGCGGACAUAGUGACUGCAAGGCUAUGAACCUCUUAUACAAAUUAAAAAGCAAGGAAGAGUCAAACACGGAACAGAGAAGAAUGUCUCCCUUAAGAUCUUGGUUAUGUAAUCACGGGCAAACAAGUUUGGACAAAUUCAUCGCUAUGGACGGCGAUUUCUCAAAACCAAUGUUGUUCACAGCUGAAACACCGCAAACGAAAUUUGUAGCAUAUAUCGACCCUGAAAACAAAUUUUGUACAGAAGACAAAUUAUCACAGGUUAAUACAUUACAACAGCUUCAAAAUAUUGCCUCUUAUGGUAUGUUGAAAUCAAGGCUACAAAAACAUGACUUGCAUAUACACGCACUCUGGUUUGACAUCUUUACCGGGGACAUAUACUAUUUCAGCAGGCGAGCCAAAACGUUUGUAGUCAUCGACGAGUCUACAUAUGAAACAAUUUUAGCUGAAAUAAGAAGAUAUUAUUCGUAAACGAUAUUUCUUGAACCAUUUUGCCAGACGAGUAGGACAUCAUUCAGGUUUCUUAUGAAAUAUCGCGGCAAAGAACAACGCCGAUUACUUACUCUAAUAGACAGAACAAAUACUUAAACGUCGUAGAAACCAGAAAAAAAAACUAGUCAGCCGAAUGCAUUUGAUCUGGUUUGUAGAUUAUGCCGAUAGGUUGCCUCGGUUAGAACAUGAAACAAUGGAAAGACUGGAACGUAAGUAAUAGUUAUUUUCACUACACCCACUGGUAAAGGCUCUCGUGUCCACAAGAGUGCAAUGUAAUUUAAUUUCAUACAAAAUUUUAAUUGAUGUGCUUACUAUUAAACAAGGAUGAUAUAUAUAGGAUUGACAAUCUUCAUACCAAAGAAGAUCGAGUAUUAUAGAGAGUUACUGUCAAAGUAAAAUGUGUAAUCACAGUGCAUAGACAGCAAUCUCUCGACAGAAGCUUAAAACUUUUG